CCCCAUCGACGUACAUGAGAUCCUGCCUUCUGGGUCAAUUUCGAGCUGUGGCAUUACUCUACAUCCAUCGGACUUUCUUCGCACAAGCGAUGUUGGACCACCCUGAAAAUCCACUCCGUAGUCCCUAUGCACCAUCCUUUUGUGCAGCAUAUCGUUGUGCGUCUAGAAUGAUCAAAGGCUACCUCAAUCUUUUCGAGAGGUACAGUGACGUCGUGACGUGACUGGAUUUAGUUCGACUGGUUGACCUGUUUCUGCUGAUCCCCAUCUUCGGCAGUGUUCUCUGCUGCAAUGAUUGUGGGUAGUAUCGUCACCCGAUCGCCGUCUGCCAGCAUGGCUGCCGCUGCCUUCAUUGAACUGGAUUUAGUAUGCGACUCAUUCGACAAGGGUGCUAAACAGUCACGCCGAGCAAGAAGUGGGCUCGCCAUACUAUGCAAACUCCGGGACAAAGCUUACCAGGUCUACUCCCAAUUUUGCGGUGGUAAUCCUGCACUACCUCCAAUGACUAGCUUUGGUGUAGGAACCCAAGACUACGGAGAAGACGAAUUGGCCUUGUUCGGAGGCCAGACCAGGAUUCUGGUCAGCAAGCUGAUCUCCAGGAAGAAGCAAGAAUCGGCUUCGAGAGGAGUCGUGUCAACACCCAACCACUCAGGGAUACGAACGACUCAAACACAUGGCUCGAGUCUAACCAAUCCUACUUUGGAUGCGAUGCCCGAUGUGCAUCCCUCUCUUGUGGAUUAUCUGUCACUCUUUGUGCCUGCUCCGCACACACCUGAGUAUCUGAUGGACAACACCAGCUCUUCGACAGUUGGCCUUGAGAUGCAGCCACUCCCACGUGAAGCCACUCCUGCCUACUCCUACGCCAGUUACGGACAAGACUACACCAAUAUCAUGACUGCGACUCUUCUAGAUCCCAUCCAGUAUGAUGUGCAACCUGUUGCGGAGCCCAGAGAUAUAUCUGAUAUCGACUUCCUUAUGUUCGGGGACGCUGGCAUCGAUGAGCAGUGGAAGUCGUUUAUGAAAAAGUCUUUCUCUGGGUUGUUGGAAGAGGACCAUAACAACAUCACACCUGUCUAAUGACAUUGAUUUUCACGUCCGGUAUAUCGAUAAAAGAUUCAAGAGCACACUUAUCAUGGCCUUGAGGCCAUCACUGUCCAGAGUUUGGACCAAUGUGUUCCUGCUUAUCAGUCCGGCAGCAUGGGUUCGCCCUGACCUGCGCCUCGGGGCUGGCUGCGAGCUAUGCCGUCAGUUAACCUUCGUCGCCAUUUUGAUGUAUGUAGCAUCCAUCUCACGAACGGCUAUGCGAUCAUGCACUUCAAGCCCAAGAGAAUCUCCAUUAAGAACGGGUACCACGGGUGCCAUGCACUCAUCAAGGUGGGGCGGUGGUGGUGCAUGUGUGUGUGUGUGUGUGUCGGCCCACCUGAUCCUUCCACAUCAGAUCUACCUUCGCGCCGCUCCGGAUGUCCAAGUCAUCAAGAUCGAUGAUGAUUUCGAAGCCGGAGAUCUCUGCUGGCUCGAGACGCCGCUCAAUCCGACGGGAGAGUCUCGCAACAUCGACGAAUUGUACGAGUCGCCCAGCACGUGCGCUUUCGUAUACUUGCUUCCGACGGCGGCGCGUGCAAAGGAAGAUUGCAGACCAGUAGAGCUCACGCUUGCUGCGUCGAC